AUGAAAGAUAAAAUGCCGGUAGGAUGGCGUUGGAAGUGCCAGGCAGCCAGGAGAGAGGGAAGAAAGGGAAGAGCGAAAGGGGGAAUUGUGACUGGAGUGAGAAGGGAGCUGGAGGAAAGAGAGAUUGGGUAUGAGGAGAAGGAUGGUAUACAAAAAAGGGAAGUGGUUAUAGAUAGAGAGAGGCGGAGAUUUGUAACAGUAUAUAAUAGGGAAGGGCGAAAAGAAUGUCUGGUUGAUCUAAAUGAGGUGAUUAAAGAAGAGGAAGAGGGAAUGUUAAUGAUAGCGGGGGAUUUUAAUGCUAGAAUAGGGAAAGAAGGAGGGUGGAAUAGACAAAGUAUAGAGGGAGACGGAACAAAGGAGGAAGCUAGCAGAGAGUCCAAAGAUAAAGUAGUAAAUAAGCAAGGAAGGGAUUUGAUGGAGGUGAUAGAAGAAAGAGGAUGGAUGGUUAUGAAUGGAGAAAAGGAAGGGGAUGAGAAGGGGGAGUGGACCUAUGAGAAGGGAGGAGGGAGGUCAGUAAUUGAUUUUGGUAUAGUGAACUGGGAAGCAUGGGAGAGAGUAAGGAGAUUUGAGGUAGGGUGUAGGGGGGAGUCGGACCAUCAGCCAAUUCUGAUAGAGUUAGGGACAUAUUAUGAAAGGGAAGAAGAGAAGGUAGGGGAAGAAUUAAGAUUUCAGGACUGGACAGAGGAAGGGACGAAAAAGUACAGGAAGGCAAUAGAAAAGGUAGAAUGGAUAGGGGGAGGGGUGAGAGAGAGAUGGGAGGAGUUGGAAAGAGAAAUUAAUAAAGCGGUAGAGUUUAAAAAAGGGGGGGAAGAGAAAAGGGAUAGGAUGGUGCCCGUGGUGGGAUGUGGAGUGCAGAGAAAAAAAGAGAGAGAUGAAUAGAACGCGAAGACG